AGGGAAAAGGAUUAUGAAUCUAGGCAUGAAUAUGCUCAUUGGGAAAACUUCCUUUGCUGUUUGAGAUCAUUAAAAAAUCAGCGGUUCUUAGGAUAUCCAUCUGUCAACUGGGUCAAAAAUUUUGAGCUGUCUGAUCGUGCUUCUCUUUCUUAAGAAGCAUCUGACAAGAAAGAGAUCCAGGUAAAUUGGUUAUCUAGUUUCCUUCCAGAGAACAGAAUAGUCCUCAUCUCUAAUGGGCCAUUUUGGUGACGGGGGAACUGAAACAAAAGAGAUGGACAUCAGAAGUUUGUCAUCCUCGCACCAUCAGCAUUUACCAUACAUUCACAAGGUUGGUGUUCCGCCAAAACAAAAUCUUGUGAAGGAAUUCACAUCCACUGUGAAGGAAACGUUCUUUGCAGAUGAUCCUUUACGACCAUUUAAAGAUCAGCCAAAGUCUCGGCAGUUCAUACUUGGUGUGCAGGCCAUCUUCCCUAUUCUUGAAUGGGGUAGAAGUUAUAAUCUUGCUAAGUUUAAAGGAGAUUUGAUUGCUGGGCUCACCAUUGCAAGUCUCUGCAUUCCUCAGGAUAUUGGAUACUCAAAGCUUGCAAAUUUAGAUCCUCAAUAUGGACUGUACUCCAGCUUUGUUCCCCCUUUGAUCUACGCCUUCAUGGGCAGUUCAAGAGAUAUAGCCAUUGGACCAGUAGCUGUAGUUUCUCUCUUGCUGGGGACCCUACUGCAGAAUGAGAUUGAUCCGACCAAAAAUGCAGUUGAUUAUCGGCGACUGGCAUUUACAGCUACUUUUUUUGCUGGGAUCACUCAAGCUACCCUUGGGAUCCUCAGGUUGGGCUUUUUAAUCGAUUUCCUAUCUCAUGCUGCUAUUGUUGGUUUUAUGGGUGGUGCUGCUAUAACAAUUGCCCUCCAACAACUUAAGGGAUUUUUAGGCAUUAAAAGUUUUACAAAGAAAGCAGAUAUCAUUUCUGUAAUGCGCUCAGUUUUUGGUUCUAUCCACCAUGGGUGGAACUGGCAGACCAUUGUGAUUGGAUCAAGCUUUUUAGCCUUCCUUCUUGUUGCAAAGUACAUUGGAAAGAAGAACAAGAAACUCUUUUGGGUACCUGCAAUUGCACCAUUGAUUUCUGUCAUGCUGUCCACCUUUUUUGUGUAUAUCACCCAUGCUGACAAGAAGGGGGUCCAAAUUGUGAAACACAUAGAGAAAGGAAUUAAUCCUUCUUCUGUGGGUCAAAUAUACUUUACUGGCGAUUAUCUUCUAAAAGGAAUUAGGAUAGGAGUUGUAGCAGGCAUGAUUGCAUUGACAGAAGCUGCUGCAAUUGGAAGAACAUUUGCGGCGAUGAAGGACUAUCAACUGGAUGGGAACAAAGAAAUGAUGGCUCUUGGAGCAAUGAAUGUUGUUGGCUCAAUGACAUCCUGCUACGUAGCCACAGGUUCCUUCUCGAGGUCUGCAGUUAAUUACAUGGCCGGAUGCCAAACUGCAGUUUCUAACAUUGUUAUGUCCGUUGUUGUGUUCCUAACAUUGAUGUUCUUAACACCUCUAUUUGAGUACACACCAAAUGCCAUCCUUUCAGCCAUCAUUAUCUCUGCCGUCAUUGGAUUAAUAGAUUAUGAUGCGGCAAUUUUGAUCUGGAAGAUCGAUAAAUUUGAUUUUGUUGCUUGCAUGGGAGCGUUUUUUGGAGUGGUUUUUGCCUCUGUUGAGAUAGGUCUUCUGAUUGCUGUUACAAUAUCAUUUGCUAAAAUUCUCCUGCAAGUCACGAGGCCACGAACUGCAACUCUUGGAAGGAUUCCUAGGACCAAUGUCUACCGGAAUAUCCAACAAUACCCAGAAGCGAAUAAAGUUCCAGGGCUCCUAAUAGUGAGGAUUGAUUCUGCAAUUUACUUUUCAAACUCUAACUAUAUUCGGGAGAGAAUAUUGAGAUGGUUGACCGAUGAGGAAGAGCAACUAAAAGCAGCUGGGCAUCCUCAAAUUCAGUUUUUAAUAGUUGAAAUGUCGCCUGUCACAGACAUUGACACCAGCGGCAUCCAUGCCUUGGAAGAACUGCACGGCAGUCUCCAGAAAAGACAAGUUCAGCUCAUCCUGGCAAAUCCCGGCCGAGUCGUACUUGACAAGUUACAUGCUUCUAAUUUUGCAAAUUUAAUUGGCCAAGAUAAGAUCUUUCUCACGGUAGCAGAUGCAGUUCAUACUUGCUCACCAAAACUAGCUGAAGAAGUCUGAGUUCUUAGUGGAAAUAUGGUGCACAUACAGGGCUGGAGAAAAAAGAUCAGCAUUGUAGUGCCAAUCUUCAGCCAUCAGGCUGAUUCGACUGCUGUAUAAUUUCUGAUAUCAUGAUUCCAUUGAAACAAGACCAAUUAUAUAGAAUGAUGGCAAUUAUGUUGUA